UACAAAUUGAUAUGAAUCUGUUGAUAGGAAAAUGGUCUUGGGAAGAAUGUUGGCAAGAAGAACCUCUCCUUAGGCAAAGGCCUUUUAUAAAAUGGGUUCUAACCUCAUUUACGUAUUAAUAUUUCCAUCUUCUAAUCUCUAGAAGAACACCAUUUGUUUGGUCCAGCCUUCUGCAUUGAUUGAUUUCAGCACAAGAAUCAGAAAACAAAAAGACAAGAAAAUGGAUUUGUUUCGUCAAGCGAAAUCAGUCAGGCUCAUAAGCCACAAGGACAGAUACCUUAUAGCUGAAGAAGACGGCGAAACGAUCUACCAAGACACCGAGCCCAUAAGCCAAAGCAGCGAAAAAUCAGCCAAGAACGCCGUAUGGAUAGUUGAAUUCGUGGAAGGGAAAGACUUCAUCCGGUUGAAAAGCUGCUUCGACACGUAUUUAACAGCCUCAAGCACACCAUUACUUCCAGGGGUUACAGGAAAAAAGGUGGUUCAAACAUCGCCAACCUAUUGCGAUCCUGCAACGGAAUGGGAACCCUUGAGGGAUGGAAUGCAAGUAAGGCUGAAAUCAUUCUGGGGCAACUUUUUGCGCCCUAACGGAGGCCUUCCCCCAUGGAGAAACUGUAUCACGCACGACAUUCCCCAUCGUUCCACAACUCGCAACAAGUUGUUGUGGGAUGUCGAGGUGGUCGAGAAACGUCCUCUGGAGGUCAAGCAACACGCUAGUAAGUUCAAUAGAACGAGAUCAAGAUCUUAUUCUGUGUCAAUGACUUCCCAGAGACAAAAUGUGGCCAAGUCUCAAGAAAUCUUUUAAACAAUAUCAUAUCGACAGAUGGAAGUUUUCUGAAUGUCGGGUGCGAUUUCUAUCCUACAACAGUAUUGCUAAACUCAUUUUAUAAGAUGGACAAGUUAAGGGAUGUUUGCUUUCCUUCAACCAAAGUACACAUCGAUGGAGGAAGCCGAUGAGAAUUUUCUCUUUGAAGCAUUUUGUAUAAGGUGCAGAUUGCUAUAUGUACCUUAAAAAGGCAUUAGAAAAUUAGAGUUGUGUUGUCAAAUUGAUGAAUUGCAUGGGUCAUGCAUGUAAUCCAAUUUGGACCAAUUCAAGAAAGUGAAAUAAUAAUGGAUGUUCUUUA